CAGCGCUCAGCUUGGAAGGAGCUGAGGCCAAGCUCGGGCUGACACCCCUUAGGACUUCUCGACCGCAGACCCGAUUCUCAAGUUCACACGAGACCGACUGUGAAACGCCGCCUCAUCCCAGGCUAUCGACGGCACCAGCAGCCAACUGUUCCCGAACUAUUGCGCGACAUCAAUCCGCUCGUUUACCCCCCACCUCCUCCUGCAGCACAUCGCCCGGCUCCGUGCACGAGUGGUCGGAUUGCACCGGCCCCCCCGGAUUCAGUUCUUCGCGGGCCGCGGAGGGCUCGUUCAGAGUUGUCCCGGUGUUUUGGCAUUCCGAUGGAUUAUGACGAUCGGGACGAGCUAUAGCCAUGCCGUUUCUACGACGUCGCGGCAACAUGGCCAGCGAGACCGACAUGCGGCGCCAUUCGCUGCUCGACUCUAUCGCUGUGCCCGCCUCAAAGCAACCACCGUGUCACCCCGGGUCCGCCGCCGAGCUACCCUCCUUGACAUCGGUGGCAGAGGAUUUCGCGCCGCCUGGUGUUCCCGGUUCUCCCGUCAAUCAACCGCGAGACAGCAUCUCGGUCGCCUCUAGCCAUGCCGUCCCGUCAGUAGUCGAACCCUGCGAUGCGCCUCGGUCCCCUACUUCCAACGAUUAUGCGCAAAAACAACGCCGCUUCUCCGUGCUGAGGUUCCGUAAUGCGUCAGACUCUCAGCUGGCUGCGAAGGCGAAACUUCAAGCGGCAGCAGAGAAAGCUCCCCCCCUGCCGCGCCCUCCCGAAAUCAUUACCACGGCGCCGACGUUCAAUUCCCUCGCCCCCCGAAAGAAGCCUUCCCGAAUGAACUUUGCGGCGCGGCUACGUCGGUCUGGAGAACUGCCGAGGACGGAGGCCGCAGGUGGUGCGCACCCCAACCUGAUAGGGCACGAGCGGAUUCCGAGGCACUCCGAGAACGGGGUUAGGAGCAAGCGUAGUGUUUCUUUUGAGGAACCCAAUCGCCCAUCGUCGUCACACGCUCACGUCCCACCAUCUCGUGGGGAGGACCACUCUUCCACGCUCGUGCUUCCUCCAAACAGGUUAUCAGAAUCCUCGAGGUCGAAUGCUAGCUCGGGAGACAAGGGCAAUGGGACCAGCGCAAUCGCUACACACGCAGUUCAGACGUCAACAGCUUUCUUCAGACUUCCGCGCAGGAAGCAGAAACAACACGAGCCGUUGUUCCCUAUAUCCCACCUUCAACCAAAGAGCAAACCGUCCUUCGCAGAUGACUCGAAUGUUUCCAGCUCGUCGUUCGUUCCGUCAGCCCCCGGCUCGCCGAAUCAGCCCGCCACCAACGCUUCUCGAGGCAGCCAGUUCACCCCGACAGCGUCAAGAACCCCGUCAAGGGAUGGCGUCAGAACACCGCCUCCUCAGAAUCAGGCUGUCCCGCAGUUGGCCAGGCCAACCGCAUCUCCGGCAACCGCUCUCUUCCGACCCAGCUCAAGACAGUCCGGCCACUCUUCGCCGACCCGGAGCUAUAUACACAGAAGGGGUAGAUCUUCGACCAUGAGCUCACUGGGGAGGAAUUCGCCCAGAGAGUCGGUGGAUGAGCACUUGGCUCCGCCCGCCUCGAGAACCUCGAUAUCGACAGGUCGAAAGAGCUUCACUGAUCUGCUUGGCCUCAGCCGUCUGCGGCAAAACACCGACAUGAUGCCAUCUCGACAGGGCUCCCUAACACCCGUCACGCCAGCCUCGAAUACCUCCAAAAACAACUCUCUCCAGUUACCUAGGGACUCAAUCGUCCUCCCUGAGCGCAGGGAUGAUGAUACGCCCGCAAAAUACCUCGAACGAGUGCUCGGGGUUGUCAGUCGAAGCAUGGUUGCAGCCGCACUCUCCAAGAGCACGGAACCGUUUGCACAAUCAGUGCUACGGAGCUACAUGCGCGGUUUCCGUUUCUUCGGCGACCCCAUGGACAUGGCUCUGAGGAAGCUCCUGAUGGAGGCGGAGCUGCCGAAGGAGACACAGCAGAUUGACCGCUUUGUGCAGGCAUUUGCGAACCGGUAUCACGAAUGCAAUCCGGGAAUCUACUCCUCGCCAGACCAGGCCUAUUUCAUCGCGUUCUCCCUCCUCAUCCUCCACACCGAUGUAUUCAACAAGAACAACAAGCACAAGAUGCAGAAGGCCGACUACCUAAAGAACACUCGAGGGGAGGGCAUCUAUGACGAGGUGCUGGAGGUCUUCUUCGACAACAUCACCUAUACCCCGUUCAUCCGCGUCGAGGACGAUUUGGAUAUCAAUGGCGAGCGGACCGCGGCCCAGCAGAAGUCCAGGAAGCGGUCAAUAUUCCCCAACGGCCCGCCGGAUCCAGCCAGGAGGGUUGCGAAAGAGCCGGUCGACCCCUAUUCGCUCAUCAUCGAAAACAGGCUGGAUGUGCUUCGGCCCAACCUGAAGGACGUGAUGCAACUCGAUGACCCCUACAGCUACCUGGGAACUGCCAAGUCUCUCAACAUGAAGGAGCUCCAGAGGACCUUCUUCAAAACCGGUGUGUUGCAGAUAGUCUCAGCAAGGUCGCGCCCGGAUGCCUUCAUGACGGAGAAAACGGCGGUCAAUCCGGAAGAAGCUCAUCCUGGUAUUGUCGACAUCAAAAUCACCAAGGUCGGCUUGUUAUGGCGGAAAGAUGCCAAGAAGAAGAAGACGAGGUCUCCGUGGCAAGAAUGGGGCGCCAUUCUCACUGGCGCUCAGCUCUACUUUUUCCGCAACACCGCGUGGAUUAAGCAGUUGAUGCACCAGCAAAAGGACCACCUUAAGAAGGGCCACGACGGCGAUCCGUGCAUCUUCAAGCCACCUCUCGAGCAAUUCAAGCCCGACGCAUUGAUGUCGACGGACGGCGCCCUGGCUUUGUUGGAUUCGAGCUACACCAAGCACAAGCACGCCUUUCUUUACGUCAGACACGGCGGUUUCGAGGAGGUCCUCCUGGCGGAAGACGACGACGACAUGAACGAUUGGCUGGCCAAGCUCAACUACGCCGCCGCGUUCAGGACAUCCGGAGUUCGGAUGCGAGGGGUCAUAGGAGGCAAUUACGACGGGCAAAGCCGGCGCGCCAUCAGGGGAUCGGGCGGUGGCAAUGUGCAAGUCAUCCAGACGCCGACAGGCGAGGUGACCGUCUCUCGCAGUCGGAUAGACCACAAGAUGGCCCAGGACAUCGUGGCGGCUCGAAGAGAUUUCAUGCGCCAAAAGAUCGCCGAGGCUGAUGAGAAACUCAAGGAAGCCGAAGCAACGCUCGAAUCCCAUCUGCGAAACGCUAGGCAUCUCCAGAUCUUGGCGCCGAUAUUGCCCAAGACAAGGGAGCAAAUGUUACUCGCGGCAGCGCGUAUGGCUGCGCAGCUGAAAUGGAGUAGGAUGGAGAUCUGGAAGCUAAGGUGUCACCGUGAUAUCCUGGCAAUGGACCUCGAAGAGGAGCGGCAGGCUGCCGGAUUGCCCCCAGAUCCGAAAUCUGACCUCCUUGGGAGUUCUAUGGCCCGGGAGACGUCGAAGACCAGCGAGAUGUCAGCUACCCGGGACAAUGCUCAGUCGCCGGGCCAGUUUCCCCCAACGAGGAACUCCACCGUCACUGCGAAGUCCGACGGCGACGACGACGACUUCUCCUCCCCCGUUACGGAGUCCUUCCAGACGCCACCCACUAGUGCAACUGUGAGCCGAGAAGGUUCCUGGGUUCUUCCAGGCGGCGAUGUCAACAAGGCGUCGGCAAUCACUGCAGGAGAACCCGAGACGAUUGCUCCGGCAACACCGAAGAAGAACGAGGCUGGCCCUGCCGGCUCUGCCGGCUCCCCUGAGAGGGCCAAAUAUGACCAGCCCGAUGACGUGGAUGCGGACGAACGCGACUUGUUGGAACAAGCAGGUCUCCUCGAGCCUGAACUGUCUCGGACAUCAGACCAUAAGAGUGCUGGUGUUGGCGUGGAUGCGGAAGAGCCAUUAGAACGGCGCGAGCGAGCCUCCAGCGGGACACUUGCGGACCGAAGCGACCGGAGCAAAAUCCGCCGCAGUCUGCAGCGUACGCUCAGGGAAAGUGCCGGUCACAUCUCUCAUCAUCGCCACCGCAGAGCCAGGGACUCGUCGUCGAAUGUCACGGGAUCUGAUGACGCCAUUCAUGAUGCUCCGGAUGUCCUGCCACGAGGCAACGGGUCCUUCGUGGUGCACGGGAAGAAGGCCUCGGUGGUCACCUUUGGAAACGAGCUACAAAUGCAAAGCCUCACAUCAGAAGAACGCAUCCGCCAAAGGAUACAGCGAGACGAUGCGUCGAGCAACCGCACCGGACCCACUGAAAGCGCCGAUUUCCAGUCCAUCCUGACCGCACGGUCCAUGUCUGAUCGCGGCCAUCGUGGAUCUGCGGCCAGCGCGAGCACGGCUACGGCUCGUAGUUUCAGGGAGCUGCAUAGGAAAUACUCCUCGGCCCAAGCCACUAACAGAGCUUUCGGUGGUAACCUCACUUUACCUUCCGACGAGGACAGUGACGCAGCGAUCAGUUUCUCGGACGGACGGCGCACGCCACUGCGGCUCAUUGAGGGUGAGGACGAACGGGAAGAGGAACAGGCCCAGGCGCCUGCUGCGGGAGCACAGAACGGCAGUGCAGCCCUGGAUGGAGCCGAGUAUCUUGAACUCAGUCCGCCACCCAGCCGCGAGGGCCGCAACACGGUCUUUUUCACCCCCGAGCCACCGUCAUCGCCGGUCUUCGAGACGUCCAAGGACGGGGGGAAAGCCGAGCACGGUGACGUGACCGAUGGUGAUGGCCGGCUUCCGAGCCCGCCUUUGCAGGCCGUCGGUGCCUGAACUCUCACUUGGAUGCCACCCACACGGAAUACAAUCGACAGGACGCCAAAACUUCGUGUCCUCCACUCUUUCUUUCAUUCUUUUCGGUUCCAACAACAAUGACUCGGGUCAUCCUC